GAAAACUGGGAGUACAUGGGUGGAUUGUAGUGAAUGUGUGGGUAGUCUUAGCCUCCCCAAAUCUGCGGGGUCAAAUUUCCUAUAAUUCAGGACAACAUCUGCAUAAAUCACAGAAUGGUCAGCACGAGGAACAGCACUUUUUUCACAGAGAACGAGUGCCUUGCUGAAACAGUGCAGGGAGGAGGGAACAGGAGGAGGGCGGGAAUUAGAGACAGAGCUCAGCGUGUCAGGGAAGAUCUAAGCUCAGAACUGCAGAGAACUGUGAACCAGUGCCCAACCUGAGUCUUGUAUCAGUGGCCAACAUGGUGACCAGUUCCCUAGGACUGCUGUGUGCAAUCUAAUGAGCAACAGCCUGCUGGAGUAUAGAGCAGCUCAUCCUGCAUCUGGACUACAACCCCACUGCCUGGCAGAGUGCACAACAUAAUUAGCAGCCUGCUGGAACAAUUGUUUCUGUUUCCAUUAAUUGCAGGUUUGGGGAGAAUAUUUGCACGUUACAUUACUAUCGGGGACUGUCACUUCUCAUCAGUUGGAAUAAGCGAGGAUUCCUCUGGACUUCCCUGCUGCUUGUGUCACUCACUGGCAUUCGGCACAGAAUAGAGAAUACCACUAGCUGGGUAGCCCACAGCUGGGCACACAAAAAAGCUCACACCAAACCGACAAACAUGUUGGUAACAGGAGAGAACAGAAAGAAUGGAGAAAAGUCCCAGGGAUGUCAUAGGGGCAAGCUUGGAGGGGCACACGACUGGGUUAGGACUUUACCCAGUGUAUUGGCAUUUGUGUUCUCCCUUUUGUCCAUGGCAUCAUUUAUUUAUCUGAAUAUGAAAUCCAAUGACCUGCAGGGAAGGGUUUGGGCACUGCAGCAUGGCAAGUCUGGGAACAUUGCUUUCCAUAUGCCAGGAUUAUCUGUGGAUCAGCUUAACUCCAUCGUCCAGGAGAAAGUGGAUCAGCUCCUGUCCCAGAGGUCCUAUGAACACAUGGCAAAGCUCCGAAUCUCAAGAGAAGCACCAGCAGACUGCAACUGCCCAGCAGGCCCACCUGGACAGCGAGGAAAAAGGGGAAGAAGAGGUGAACCUGGACCUCCUGGUCCUCCUGGCCCAAAGGGAGACAAGGGUGAUCAAGGUGAUCAGGGACCUCGGAUGGUGUUUCCUAAGAUCAAUCAUGGCUUUCUCUCUGCUGAUCAGCAGCUAAUAAAACGCCGCCUCAUUAAGGGUGAUCAAGGACAAGCAGGAGCUCCAGGCCCACCAGGCCCACCAGGUCCACCGGGCCCUAGGGGUCCUCCAGGAGAUACUGGCAAAGAUGGCCCAAGGGGAUUGUCUGGAGUACCAGGGGAGACAGGGACACCAGGUGAACAAGGCUUAAUGGGUCCAAUGGGGCCUCCUGGACAAAAGGGGUCCAUUGGUGCACCUGGAAUUGCUGGAGUAGAUGGUCAAAAGGGAGAACAAGGAAACAUUGGGGCACCAGGAAUUGAUGGAGAACCUGGAAUGAAGGGUGAUCCAGGUGAACAAGGAGAUAAGGGUGAUCCCGGGGAAGGUGGCCCUAAAGGGGAAAUUGGAGCUAAGGGGGAUCCAGGAUCUUCUGCUGCAGGAAUAAAGGGUGAGCCAGGAGAACCUGGACGUUUUGGGCAGAAGGGUGAACCAGGGCUUCCUGGGCUUCCUGGACUUCCGGGGAUUAAGGGAGAGCCAGGAUUUCUAGGGCCUCAAGGAGAACCUGGAUUACCAGGCUUGCCAGGGACUAAGGGGGAACGGGGAGAAAUUGGCCCACCUGGAAGGGGAGAGAGGGGCAGUACCGGUGGACCUGGACCAAAGGGGGAACCAGGUGAAUCUGGAUCUAGAGGCCCAAAGGGGUCAAAGGGUGAUGCUGGAAGCAAAGGAGAUUCUGGCCCCAUUGGUCCUAGAGGGCCUCCAGGUCAAAAAGGGGAUCAAGGGGCUACUGAGAUUAUAGACUACAAUGGGAAUAUUCAGGAAGCCUUGCAGAGGAUUACAGCCAUUACUGUUACGGGACCGCCUGGACCACCUGGGCCACCUGGUUUGCCAGGAUCAAAGGGAGAUGGAGGUCCUGUUGGUCCUCCAGGAGUUGAUGGGGAGCAGGGCCCUAAAGGAUCAAAGGGUAACCAUGGUGAUUCUGGGACAUCGGGAGAGAAGGGAGGAAUUGGUCUCCCUGGUUUGCCGGGUGCAAAUGGAAUGAAAGGAGAGAAAGGAGAUCAUGGUUCCCCUGGGCCUCACGGAGCUUCUAUCAUCGGUCCCCCCGGACCUCCAGGGCCACAUGGCCCCCCUGGACCUAUGGGACCACACGGACUUACAGGGCCAAAGGGUGAACCAGGGGUAAAUGGUCUUAAAGGAUUGAGGGGUGAGCCAGGUCAAAAGGGUGAAAGAGGACCACUGGGUCUUCCAGGAGCAUCUGGCUUAGACGGAAAGCCAGGACCCAGGGGGAAUGAUGGCCCCAUUGGUCCUUCUGGCCCAGCUGGUCCAAAAGGAGACAGAGGAGAAAAAGGAGCUGUUGGGGAUCCAGGACCACGAGGACCUUAUGGUUUACCUGGCAAAGACGGAGAGCCUGGUCUAGACGGUUUUCCAGGUCCUCGUGGAGAAAAAGGUGACCCUGGAGAAAGGGGAGAAAAGGGGGAAAAGGGAAAGAAAGGCAAAAAAGGGCCUAAAGGGGAGAAAGGAGAACAGGGUGCCCCUGGAUUAGAUGCACCUUGCCCAUUGGGACCAGAUGGACUUCCAAUGCCUGGUUGUUGGCAAAAGUGAUGACUCUAACCAUGCAAGCAUGAAGUUGUAAAUAUUAAUUCAAACUAUGUAUUUAUAGUUGAAAAGAAAGAGAAUGGUUUCACCAAAAAUGUUUACAUGUACCUUCUACGUGUUCACGCGCACACCUUUUUUCACUUGCACAUGCUGUUUGGCAGUCAUAAAUACUGCUGUUUAAAACCUUCAAAAUCAUGGAAAAUAUACAAACAUAUGCCUGACAUGACUUUUUUUUACAUAAUGUGUAUAGCUCACAGGUGUUUUUUUUUCACAAAUAUUUUGUAAUCUGCCAUCUAAAAGAACAUUACAAACCAACAUUCAUGGAAAACAGUGACCAAAUAUUGUUAAUGGUGACCAAAUAUGGACAAACCCUAAUCCAAUCACAUUGAAGCUUACUUAGUUCCAUGAUUAUGCCAAACAGCACCGCUGAUUUGUGCCAUUGUAGCUGUAUGAAAAGACUAAAGACAUGCAUGACUUCUGUGUUCUAAUAUUUGCCAUUUGAUUAAACCUCACAUGCCAAAAGUAUGCUUGCCAUUAUAACCAAGCUUCUGAACACCUUCAUUUUGUCCGUUCUAAGGGAGUGACCCCAUGGCUUGUUGCCAAAAAGAGAUGAGAGAAAAUGAAGCAGCAGUGAAACAACUAAUAUAAUUUUGGAGCUGUAUGGCCAUAAUUGCAGGUCUUUGAUCUACUGAAUAAGACUUUGUAAUACUGAGGUUUAUUGACCUCGAUUGUCUUUGCCAACGGUGGUUCUAUGCUACCAAGGACUCCAGGAAGUAGAAGAGGACAUAUAUGGAAGAGAGGAUACAUCACAGUGCUUCACUAACGUGUGGAGGUGACUGAUGGAAACUGUGGUCUCUUUUUAAGUAAAUUGACAGAGAUGUUCCACUGAAAUGAAAAGCAUCUCAAAUGUAUCCAAAUGUAUCCAAUGACCGACUGUUCUUCACGCCGUUUAGGGAGACGUGACUAUGGCAUAUGGAAGUCUCAUCUCAAACUUGUAUGACAAGAAUAGGAAUCAAAAUUCUCUAUGAUUUAAUUUCUACAGCAAAAAAUACACACAAUGUGCAGAAGGGUCUUAGUUGACUUUGUGUUGAUUGCUUUCCAAUUGUUGACUAUUAAGGUGUUUUGCAUUAAUGGAAACUAUAACCACAGUAAACAUGAUAGAUGCCGAAAGGUAAACAGCUUUGCUCAUAAGUACUGUAAUUUAUUGACAGGCGCUAGCUUUUUUUUUGCCAUUUGUUCUAUGUUGACAUUCAGUGAUCCAUCUGAAUUGUCUAAACUUCUAAGUGCAGCACCUAUAACAAUUUAGCAAACAACUCCUCUAGUUGUCUCAGCACCGUUGUAACAGGUGUUUAAGAAUAAACUGCAGCUGCUAUCGGAAUUGUAGAUGAUGUAAUAUAUUCAGUUUUUGUUUUAAGUAUUAAUUGCUGUAAACUCAAAUCUUUUUUUUGUUCAUUUCUCAAGAGAGAUUGCUUACUCUGUUAAGUUAAUGUGCAAAAUGCUUGGAAAUGUUAAAUGCAUAUGUAAUUAUAAUUCCACACAAAUGCCAAAUGCAUUAACAAACACCAAGUAUAAUUAAAGAGUUGCCAGUGUAGGUGGUUAUCUGCUUAGGUAGGCUUUGCUGUUGGAUUAUACUUCCUUCCCUAUCAAUCACAAAGAAAGUUUCGGAUUGUGAUGAUAUAAAAUCUCAGCAUUCUGCAUGUGUUUUUAUGUUGUAUAUUCCAGUGUGUUUGUUCAUCAGUUUCUGCCAGAAGAAUAUAAGCUACCCCCCAUCAAAGAAAAAAAAAUCAAUUCAAUACAAUAUUUGCACCUAGUCAAUUAAAUAUAUUAUAAAGUCUCCUAAUGAACUGGUAUAGAAGCCAUGUAAUCUGGUUUAAAAUAUUCAGUCAUAUUUAUUCUAUUUGAACUAUGCAGAUGAUUUGCUCUGCCUAAAAGCUGGACACAUUUUUCUACAGUAGCAGUUCAAAUAUUUUUAUGCCCUUACACAUUAAUUCCAAGCAUACUUUUCUACAUUUCAUUUUUUUGGUGCUGUGUGUCUGUCAAUAUGAUGCAUUUAUGGCUUUAAAAUGAUAUUCAUUAAUAUUACUAGCAUUCCUCAUUUUUUUGAAUGAAAACAACAAAGCUGCCAUUUAUUUUUUGAGCAAUGGCAUAGUCCUUUAAUGUGUGUGCAAUUAAAAGAAACAAUAAGCUGAUGCUUUUUACGGUGUGUGGCAAAGUGGCAUUGAAAUUACUGUUGAUCCCCUUGAGCUUUACUUAUCCUUUAGUGAGGAUAUGCUUCAUUUCAUGCUUUUAUUAUUUCUUCAAGAUAUCAGCUUAAUUAUUUAACUCAACAUCAGUUUACGCUGGCCAUACUAUAUUUAUGACAGCCUUGAUGUGGUCAUGUUUAUUUCUUCACAAAGGUAGCAUUUUUUUAGCCUUUAGUACUGAAGAUAAUAGAACAUAUCAAAAGAGUAGAUCUUGCUUGUGUGGUUAUCUUUGUAAAUCUGUACACAGACAAAAAUAACUUCAGCAGACAAAUUUGCCUAAUGCUUACAAGUAUGUUGAGUUAGUGUGAAUCACUGGAGGAUUCAUUUAUAGAAAAUAUUGUACCAAGCAGUAAACUUUGCUUUAAAAUGGACUUCAAGAAUAAAAAUAGACAAGAUUACCAACGUUUCUAUAUUACGAAAUUGUUCUGGACCUGUACUCUUUUGACUUCAAUGGCAUAUUGUUCUAGAUAUUAAUACAAAAUUCCAUUUUGAAGCCAUAACAUCUUUGAAUUGGAUCUCUUUUGCAUAGAUUCUAAACAAAAAUUCCAUUUGUAUCCAGGCAGGCAGAACUGAUUCAUAUAAUCUGCCUGGUGCUGAUACUCUUCAGGUGCCUCCAUGUUGUGCAAGCUCAUAUUGUAAAAUACACAUCAUGAAGAUAAUAAUGACAAUAAAUAUGCAUAAAAUAAAUUACACACAAACUAAAUUAAAAAUGUAUUUAUAUUAAAAUAUAUUUAAUUUUGAUAAAAAGGUUGAUGAAGGAAAGAUAUUUAUAUACAAUUGGCUGAAAAUAGAUCACAUGUAAGAUUGCAUACUUUUUUGCCACUUUUUUAAAGUGACACUGACAUGUUACGUAAGUCUCAGUAUUGCUGGGAAAGAAUGGCCACUUAACUAACAAAUGCUGACAAUGUUCCUGAUACUACUGAUGGUCAGUCAGACACAUAUAAAAAAUAUAUUUACACUUGAAGAAGAAAUAUGCCCUGUUAUAGGUUACGUUUGUCUUACAUUAGUUAGUUGGACAGUUGGAAUAUAUAAUAUGGGAUCCAUAAUAUGGGAUCCAUAAAAUGAAGUUAUUCAAUCCUUCGGAAUUGUAUUGGAUACAAUAAUUUAAUACAAUUUGCUGUCCCUGUCCAAAUCACUUCAUAACGUAGGUAAGGGAAAGCACAGAGUAGUAAAUACAAUUUAGUUGAUUGUAUUCUGAUUACUACCCAAGCAGACCACGCCACAGUCCAUAAUAUUAAACUAACAGACCAAUAGACAUUAGUGGAUGUUAUAAACAUAUCUUUGAUUUCAACAAUUAAUUGAAAAUAAUAGAAAUUGGCCAUGCUGUGAGUAUGUGAAUGGAUCAGUCUGUAAGCAUUGGUUAAAGUGGCACAAGUAGACUAGAGCCCUCUUUUUUUGGCUCAAACACUGCAUUGUCCUUGUGUAUAUUUGCCAUGUUAGACACGCAAAGUCAUCUGCAGGCACACAGAGAAUGCUUACUGUAUAAGCUACUCGUUGUGCCAUAGUAUUAAUGACAUUACUUUAUGUGAGCAAUAGUGUUUAUCAUAUGGUCUUUCCACUGCAGUCUGCCACCAUGCUCUUACUUCGGUAGCUUAAUGACAAGAGCAGCCUUGCUUAUAAGAAUUAUAUCAAAUAGUAGGCUGAAUGAAACUGUAGUAGGCUGAUAUCACUGUAUGGGGUGUGAGUAACACAUUCAUAUUCUGUUGUUUUGUAGUUUAUUUUAUCUCUUUUAAUGAUCCAUAGUUGUUUUCAUUGAUUUGUGUUUCUUGAAUGGAAUGUUCCCCCCACCCUUAGGUCAAUGAGCUUAACAAGAGAAAAUAUACCACCCCUAAAAAUCAACCUUUAUUAAACCCUGCUUUUAAUUGCAGAUGCUGUUGGUGCAAUUUAUUUAACUAAUUGUAAGCAGAGGAUUUUACUCCACUGCCUUCCCUGAAAAACGACUGCAGGAUAUAAGAUAAUUGCAAACAGAAUUACAAUGGGUAAAUAAAUACAGCAAAGAAUAGAAACAGCAGUUGCAAAUUUUCCAUCUUCCAAAGCAACUCUGCAGUAUUUGAGCCCUGUUUUUUUGUGCUUGUAGUCUAGCUAGUUGCGCAGUAAAUAGAGAUUUUGCACCGAAUCCAGAAUUCGGUUCGGGAUUCUAUCAAGAUUUGGCCUUUUUCACCAGGAUUCAGAUUAGGCCGAGUCCAAGUGCUAGGCCAAACCGAAUCGAAUUCAAAAAAUCACGUGACUUUUUAUCACACAAACAAAAAUGUUUACCGCAUGCGGUUCUCUUUCCCCCCUCGUUUCCCUAAUUUACAUUUGCAAAUCAAGGUUCUGAUUUGGUUCUAUAAUAAAAUAGUGGAUUCGGUGCAUCCCUGGUAAUGAUUUAACAAAUACUCAAUUUCUUUUU